GUAACAAACGAGAAAAGCAUAUAAACAAAAGCAUAAAGCCAUGUUUCAGCAUGGCCCACUAUUAUGGCGACAACUCUCACGCAAUCUCCACACAUCCUUCAGCUCACUACAACUGAACUACUACGAUGCCCUCGGCAUUGGAAAGAAGUGCACUCAAAAUGAAAUCAAGGCCGCCUAUUACAAGCUAUCGAUGCUCUAUCAUCCGGAUAGGAAUCAGGGGAGCGACAGCGCAGCCAAGAAGUUUCGCGACAUCAAUCAGGCCUACGAGGUCCUGGGUAACUACCGUUUGCGUCGACUUUACGACAAGGGCAUUGUUCAUACAGCCGGAGCACAAUAUGCGCAGGAUAUACACGAUGAGCCCGAGCCCGUGGAGGAUGACCCUGAGACAAAAUUUUACAAGUCCCGCUUUCAGAAGUCCAAAGUAGCCGAUUCCGAGGGCCGGACGCCCAUCUACGAUUUCGACGAAUGGUCGAGAAAUCACUACGGAAAGUCGUUCGAUCGCCGCCAGGCAGCACAGGCUAAGUACGAUCGUUUAAAGACCCAAAAGGAGACUAGCAAAACCUCCACCCAGACGGAUGUUGUAAUGCUGGCCUUCAUUUUUGGCGGCGUCGCCGUUUACCUUAUGUUUCUUUCUGAGAGUUCCUACGAUACUCCAAAGCAAAAAGCCCAAGAGCGGCACCGGCGGGAAUUGGAGGGGCUACCAACCACCUCUACCGCGGGGGAGAAACCAUAGUAAUACUCUCUAGUCCACAGUGUAUAUACCGCUAAGCUUAAAUGUUUAAAUAAAUAUGCAAAUUGUAUAUAA